CGAGCGUGCACACAUAGCAAGCUGCUGUAGGAAUUUCUUUAGCUUUCUAGACCUUGGGCACUUCCCACCUCAUUCCUCAACAUGAAGGCGUUAAGCCCGGUGCGCGGCUGCUACGAGGCGGUGUGCUGCCUGUCGGAACGCAGCCUAGCCAUCGCGCGCGGCCGCGGCAAGGGCCCGGCAGCCGAGGAGCCGCUGAGUCUGCUGGACGACAUGAACCACUGCUACUCGCGCCUGCGGGAACUGGUACCCGGAGUCCCGCGAGGCACUCAGCUUAGCCAGGUGGAAAUCCUGCAGCGUGUCAUCGACUACAUCCUCGACCUGCAGGUGGUCCUGGCCGAGCCCGCCCCUGGACCCCCGGACGGCCCGCAUCUUUCCAUCCAGACAGCGGACCUCUCUCCGGAACUUGUGAUCUCCAACGACAAGAGGAGCUUUUGCCACUGACCUGGCCGUCUUGGCGCCUCCAGAACGCAGGUGCUGGCGCCCGUUCCGCCUGGGACCCCAGGACUCUGGCCGGAAGCCCAAGGGCAUGGAUGGACCCCAGCCUCUCCCUGCCCACUUCACUUCCCAAACCCCUGCCUCGAGGCUGGACCUGGUGCCCGGGAGCGAAGGACUGUGAACUUAGGUGGCCUGAAGAGCCAGAGCAGCUCUGGGCACCGACUGGGCAACGUCACCCAGCCCCACCCCACCCCCAAGUUCUAAAGACUGUCAAAGAGUGUGGAGGGGUGUGUGGUGGGGGGGACAGUGGCUGCUCCAAACUCUGCCAAGGCCAGCAGUAGAGCUGGCCUUCUGGUCUCGGAAAAAGGCUGUUGCCCCGAUUAUGAACUCUAUAAUAGAGUAUAUAGCUUUUGUACCUUUUUUGCAGGAAGGUGACUUUCUGUAACCAUGCGAUGUAUGUUAUUAAACUUUUUAUAAAAGUUAACAUUUUGCAUAAUAAACGGUUUUUAAACACU